CAUUUGACGAACCGUCGCUGCGGGAGAGACCUACAUUUCCAUGGAUCAGGGAUUCCUUGAGCGAAGGGCAAACCCAGUUCGUUCCAUAGUCGGUCAGUGGCGAGACAUCUGACGUAACGAGGUGUAUGCAGGGCUACCAGUCACUCGUAUUACCAACAUAGAUACUACAUUGUACUACGCACUUCACGAUAAAAUCAGUUGUGUCAGUGGAGUAUUGUGCAAAGUGGCGAAAGUGUUUUUCUGAUCAAUGUCAAUGCAAACAUAAGCACGAUGUCUUUGCUACGUACGUUGCCCACUCUUAAUAACGCUACCAAAUUAAUAUCGCGCAGCGUUCCAGCUGUGUCUUAUCAUCCAAACGUAUUAGAUCAUUAUGAAAAUCCAAGAAAUGUUGGCUCUUUGGAUAAAAAUGACUCCCAAGUUGGCACCGGGCUUGUAGGAGCACCAGCCUGUGGGGAUGUCAUGAAACUUCAGAUUAAAGUUGACAAGGAUGGAAAAAUUGUCGAUGCUAAGUUUAAAACUUUUGGAUGUGGCUCUGCUAUUGCCUCGAGUUCGUUAGCCACAGAAUGGGUCAAGGGAAAGACUGUUGACGAAGCAUUGAAGUUAAAAAAUACCGAUAUUGCUAAAGAAUUGUGUUUACCACCCGUCAAGCUACACUGUUCGAUGCUUGCAGAAGAUGCAAUUAAGGCUGCUUUAUCAGAUUAUCGUAUAAAGCAGGAGGCAAAAUCAAAAGAUAAUACCUCAACUUAAAUCUGAUAUGUUCCAUAGUAUUAUGUAACAUUACUUGUGGUUACUCUAGUUAGUGAUGUUGUUAACCACUAUAUACUUUUAUAGAUUUUAGAAUCUCAGCAAAGUAUGAACUGUGAUCAGAAAUAAAAAUUACUGUAUCCUAAUAUAUAUUUAAAGUUCCAUGUAAAAAUACUUAGCUGUGCUUUAUUUUCUUUUAUGACAAUGAAUAAAUAUAUUUAAUUAAAAAUCUG